UCGCAAGGACCGGCGCAUUGAUGACGUCGUGCGCCGGCUUUGGGCCUUUGACGCUGACCGCGACGAGCUCGGGUGUCUCCGGAAAGAGGGCUACAUGGCGUUCUACGUCUCGGUUGCCAAGUACCUCGACGCGGCGUUUGACGGCGCGUCAUCGCUCGCCUCGGUGGCCAGCGAGUGGGACAACGACCGCAAGGGCCAAGACACGAUGGGCUACGCGCUCUUCUUUGAGAGUCUCUUCCAGCUCGUCGACGUGUGGGUCGACAGCCUCGACGUGCACGACUACAUUGGCUUCCUCGAGCACAUUGCGCUCAAUAUCUUCCUCCCCAACUCCAACCUCCUGCGGGAUGUGCACGACAUCAUCUUUAUCAACGCCAGUGCGACGGACCGCGCCAAGCUCGAGAAGGUCCGCGCCAAGAAAGAGCUCGCCAAAGGCAAGGAGCUCGAGCGCAGCACCAAGCGCGACGCCAAGAGCAAAGUCCAAUCCACGGCCAAGACAUCGACUUCGUCGACAGCCCAUGCCAUUGGCAAGGUCGACGUUGCACGCAAGGCAGCUCCAAAGCGCAUCUCCCCGACCAAGCGGGGAGGACCAACGACGCAUGUGAAACCAGCUGCAUCGCCAACGAAAACGACAAGCACCUACGUACAAGCCGAGUCGGUCGAGCGAAAUGUGCUGGCAUACAGCCAAGAAAUGGGCUUGAACGGCGACGAUGUGUCGAAGCGCAUGGCACACGAUGCGCCACCGCGUGCCCACGGCCUCGCUUCGACCGCGGCGGCGACGCCGAGCCCCGCAUGUAGCGGCAACCCCAACGUCGUUGCUCCGUUUCUUGCGUCCGACAUGAACGACGCGGCGAGCACGCACCACGAUCUCUCGCCCCACCACGACCAACACGCCAAUGGUGCUGCCAACAACGAACACGCGAUUGGCGGCAGCGCACCUUUUGGGGCCAGUUCCGUUGGUUGCCACGCGAACGCGACAGCUGCAUUGCUUCAUCCCCACGGAGGCGCAGCGACGCAUGGGUCGAAUGCAGCACCCAGUGGCCAUGCCGCUGCUACAGUGCAUGCAACGUUUCCGACUGCCACCCGAGGCGACGUCUUCGCUUCCGGCUCGUACGCGCACGCUGUGUCGUCGUCUGAGCCGACGGGCGCAUCGCUGCACGCCAGUCACGACCACCACGCGACCAGCGCCCGAUUUGACGCGUCCGGAGAGUCGGUUCGCACGAUGGGGAGUGCCUCCAAGAUCUCGGUGACCGCCGCCGCCGCAUCGACGACAAGCGCAUUCGCAUCAGCUCCGAGCGCAACAGUGGGUGCGGGGGACGACCUUCUGCAGCUGGUGACGGGCGACGAUAAGCGGAGCAACAAGGCGCAUCCAAGUGACCAGCGCAAGAAACUCCAAGCAAGCAGUAGCAACCAGCAACAUCACGCACUACCAUCAAGCAAUCUUGGCAUUCGCUCGCACGAAUGCCUCGACGAUGCUCGGACGAUGGCGCGAGGGCUCGCGGGCAAGCCCGUGGAUCCAUCCAAAGCGACGGCACAUGCAGUUCACCGGUCGUUAAUGGCCUCCAGCAGUAGUCCGGUCGUCAUCGACAAGCCGCAGCACGAGUGCUUGGAUGAGGACAGCCACCGGCGGUCUCUCUCGGCGUACGUGCUGGAGCCGCAAGGCUUCCACCUGCUGCCGAGGACGAGCCCCGUCAAGUACGGAACCGAGUACACUGGUGUCUCGGUGACGCAGCGCCACGACACCGAGUGGCCCCUGGAGAAGCGCGAGUCGCCCGACAUGGAGCACCUCGAGUUUGCCGUGAUUGGUGGUCGCCUCGCCGUCUCCAAGAACCGGUGGUUGCACGAUCCGCACGGUGACGACGACCGCGUCAUUGACGUGAGCCAUUUUGACGCAACGGACGAAGCACUACUCGACGACGACGAGGUGUCGACGCCGCGUCGGUGCAUGGACGACAUCAGCGAGCUCCGACAUGAGUUUCAACGGCGGCAACUGCAGCCGAUUUUGACCGAGAGCCCGCAACGCCUUCACCCCCGCAUUGAGCCCCACCGGAUGCCGCUCCAGUCGUCGCCGAGCCGUCAGACGCUUCAGGUCCCUGCCAUAGAACGGGGACAGCGCCUCCGCAAUGUGAGUAGCCUCCCGGUGCUGCCUCGUCGCCAGCGCACACCGCCGUCCGUGCCGCGUACUGGCCUUGUCGUCGGCUUAGAGCUGGGCUGUACAUCGGCGCGCCUCGUCCCCAAUCGCAUCGAGCUGCUCAAGAAGAAGCAGCGCGUGCUGAGUGCCCACCUCCAGUCGGCGUCGCUCAAAGACAGCUCGGGGCGCGAUCAUAAUACACCAUGCAUUUGA